AUGUAUAACCAUACUCACUUCAGAAUAGCCUUUAUACUACUGCUUUUACCGCUUCUGGUACUGCUGCUACUACUGGUACUGCUGCCACUGCUGCCACUGCUGCUACUGUUAUCCCCAUCACUGACACAUUCCAACUUCAAUAGUCUUGGUCUGAUUUCCAAUUCACCAAAUACAAUUGUGCAUAAACGUGAUUCAAAUGAAGAGGAGGAUGUGGUACAAUUUACAAUUGCACGACCUACACCAACACAAGCUGCUGUACUGCAAAAUCCCUCAAAUCGAAACACCACCACCACCACCACCAGCAUAUCAAUCGCAUCUUCACAAUCAACUGAAAACCAAAACGACGAAGAUGUUUUCAAAUUGGUUUUCACUGUUGGCGCCGACGAUUCUUACUACAAUGCACGGUUCCGAUUUGGCAAAACUGGUUUAAAAAAUGACACAAACGCCUCAAAUUUACAAGACAUUGGACUUCGAUUAGACUUGAUCCAACCAGAAGUAUGGGUCAUGAAUGGACACAGCUAUAAAGAUUGUGCCGAAAUUUAUAGGUCUCGAAGUAGUGUAUUGAAUGAGUACCUGAGUGAGUCCACGAUACCGUCAUCGGUCACUGCUGCUCCAUUAUUCACAACAAAUUGUGGUAAACGAGGGUUAUACACAAGCUCUACCGGGGACACUAUGCCCUCGCCACUGGGUGUUGGAGAUGCCUCAAUCAACAAUGGUGAUCCGUACAUUAUCCCCUACAUGAAUCCAAUUCGAGCCAGUGGGGAAUUUGUAACUGAUGAUUUCAAUUUUAAUCUAACUCUGGGCUACAUGUUUGAAAUGCCAAAUUUCACAUUUGUCAAUGUUAAUGAAACAAGUAUGUAUGUUGGCGGACUAGGAUUGGCCAGUUACCCUAGGGGAAAUGGGUUCCUAUCACGAUUAGUACAACUGGGCAUCAUCAAAUCACAAAGUUAUUCACUUUGGUUUAGUAAUUCAUCAUCAACUACACAAUCCUCAGCACCACCACCGGAAAACCAUUCAUUUGCUGAAUUGAUACCUGGCGUUGUUAACCAGAAAUAUUACAUUGGUGACUUGUAUUCCAUUGAUAUGAUUCCUCAUUCUGGUUCACGAUUCAAUUACACUCAAGCGGCAACAAAUGCCGAGUUGGCAAAUUUGAUUAUACCUAUUAUAAAUUUAGACAAUGUUAAAAUCGAAAGAGUAGAUACUGGUCAAAGUUUGUCAAUCAAAUCCGAUGAAGGUGAGGCCUUGCCGGUAUUGCUAGAUUCAAGAAUAUUGUAUUCAUACUUGCCAUUGAAUGUUAUUAUUAAUUUGGCAAUUCAAACUAAUGCUUAUUAUAGUUCAGAAGCCAAUCGAUGGUUAGUUGAAUGUGAUACGUUAACUUCAAACGGUAAUGCGACAAUUGAUUUUGUCAUUGGCUCCGUAACGGUACAGAUACCAUUGCGUGAGUUUUUGGUGGAUGCUGUUUAUCAAGGAUAUAAUUUGGAAUUUGAAAGUGGCAACAAGGCGUGUUUCUUGACGUUUUUAAGAACUGAUUCUGCUGGCUUUAAUUCUUUGGGGUUGCCCUUUUUAAAACAUAUUUAUCUUGUUGUUGAUAACGAUGGGAAACAAGUGGCAUUGGCAAACAGCAACAAGUAUCUCGAUGUUGAUGAUACAGAAUUGCUUCACUUGGAUGAAAGUGACCCACUCCCAGCUUAUAAUUAUUCAUCAGUGGCACCAGCCGAUAAAAACAUUUCAUCAAUUGCAUAUAUCGAAUCGGGAACCAUCCCCUUUGCAACACCAAUGACAUAUGCCAAUGUAGGCAAUGUCACUUCACCAGCCAUUACUUUAUCGUAUUCGGAAGUUACUCCCAAUGCUGGUGAAACUGUUGCAUUGGAUAUCCCAGCUAGGUUGAGCGGCGCUUUGAUUAAAUCGGGGUCUAUAUUCGUCACUGGAGUCACGGCAAGUUCAUCAAGAAGUUCAACUCAAACGUCAUCAACUUCUCUGGGUGAUGCUCCAGUGUUGCAAGUAGUUGGAAUUGGACAUGUUUACGUGGGUGAUGGUAAACUUUCUGUUUGGAUUAGUUUGGUUAGUAUCUUGUUUGGGUUGUGUUUGGUAAUGGCAUGA